AUGGAUUUCAAUAGUAAUUCUGUUUCAUCAAAUUUGCCACCAAAUUCCAUGCCAAUGCCUCCUUAUCCUAUGGAUCAGUAUCGUCAAGAAGAGACAGAGGUGGAGAAACUUCGAUUAUUCUGGCAGGAACAGUUAUUUAGUAUUCAAUCCACUCAAGCAUUGAGGAGCCAGCAACCCUUGCCACUGGCUCGAAUCAGAAGGAUCAUCAAAACAGACUCGGGGGUGCAGAUGAUCAGUGCUGAAACUCCAAUAUUGAUGGCAAAAGCAUGUGAGAUUUUCAUUCAGGAGCUCACCUUUCGCGCAUGGAUGCUUGCUGAAGAGAGCAAUAAGCGUACGGUGAAACCUUGUGACAUUGCCAAGGCCAUUUUGCAAACUGAAGUCUUUCAUUUCCUUAGUGAUGUUGUUCCAAGUGACCUCCUCCGAUUCUGUGCUUUUGAUACCAAGCAUGAAGAGAAUGCUGGAAACAUUGCAGAAGGAAGCCAGGCAUCCCUGCCUCACCCUGCUGGCUUAAUGGGAAAUCCUAUGAUGAAUAUGGGCAGUGACCAGGUGGCAAGAAAUCACCUGAUUCCUCAAUCUUACAUGAUGCAGCCACCCUUUAUGCCUUCUGAUCAAUUGCCUUACAAUUGUCACACCAAGUCAAAGUAG